CGGCGUCUUCUUCUUCCUCCUGCAAAAGCAGAGAGCUUCGGCGACGCAGCGGCAACAAUGGCGGUGAGGCAGAGGCUGCCCGACCUCAUCCGCAGCCUGAAGCGCGAGCUGAACCCGAGGCCCUCGAACCAACAGCUCCUCCCCUCGCUCCGGCGCGCCUUCUCCCUCUACGACCAGAUUAACCUCAUCGACAACGUCCCCGAGGACCAGCUCCGGUUCCAACAGUACACGGAAACGGGUUUCAAGGUGAAUGGAGUGAUGUACGAGGGGAGCUUGCUUUGCGUGGGGAAUCUGCUGAUGUCUUGGAGCCCACAGAAGUUCUCCGACAUAACUCCCGACAGCUUGUCCAUCUUCCAGACUGUUCGACCCAUACCAGAGAUUCUGAUCCUUGGCUGUGGGAGGCACAUACAACCCAUUGAUCCCGAUCUUCGGCGUUUCAUUCGGUCUACUGGCAUGAAGUUGGAAGCUCUUGACUCGAGAAACGCCUCAUCGACUUACAACAUACUGAAUGAGGAAGGGAGGAUAGUAGCUGCUGCAUUGCUUCCAUACGGAACAACUUCUUAAAGAAGUAUCAAAGGCGAUGAAACUUUUGUUCACUUGUAAACUUUCUCACUUUUUCUGAUGUGCUUGAUCUGUAAACCAUUUUGCCAAUUUGUUUGCAGAUUCAGUGAAAGCAUCAUUGUAAAGGCGGAUAAGGAGAUCUGUUAGGAGAUGAAUUUAUCACGGAAUAAAAGUUAAUAUGUCCAAUCUUCAUGGUUCUA